UUUCUCACUGCAAAGGAUCCUUUGCACCUUUCCAAGCCUUCAGCACAAGAAGACAUGACUUCUCCCCCCUCCCAAUAGUUUCCCCACGGGAAACUGAGGCGAGCGUGACAUUGAAUUUAUAAUCUGGGGGCAAAGAAUAACAAUAAUACUAACUGAAAUUCACAGAACUCUUCCAAGUUUUCAAAGCACUUUACAGACAUCUCAGUGUGGACGAUAACCCUGUAAGAAAUUGUUCCUAUUUCACACAUGAGAAGGAACCGGAAGCUCAAAGACUUGGCCAGGGUCACACAACUAGCAAAUACCAAAGGUGAGAUUCCUGUUUAGGUCUUCCCGACCACGAGACCAGGGCUCUAUCCACAAUACCACACGGCCCCUCAUGUGUAGAACAAAGGUACACCACUGGAAAUCUCAAUUCCAGUGAAAGACUGUGAUUUUUUCCCCCUACUAGACUAUAAACAAAAGCCGUGGUCUUUAAACAUUUAUUAAAUUAACUAGUCAAUAAAUUUCAGAGGUUCGCCUUGAGCUCAGCCUACGUUCAGCGGGUCAUAGAAGUACCUGACAUAUAGUAGGUACUCCACAAAUGUUUUUGAAGAAAUAGAACUACUGAUUGGAGGCUGGGAGGGACCUCAGAGACCAUCUAACCCUCCUCAUUUUACAGAUGAGGAAACUGAGGCCCAAAGAAGGGAUUGAACUAUAACCUAUGAGUCCUUUUCCCCAACCCCUAUCUAAGGCUGGACCAAUCCCAGGACCUAAUGUUCUGCCCAAGAUACCCCACCGCAUCUCUGGGGUCAAACAGCAGUCCUCGCAGAGGUGGGUAGGAAGGCCAAAUGGGGAGUCAAGGAGUCAGACCAGUCUUCCCAGGAAAUUCUUAGUUGGAGGCUGAGCCAGGAUUCUUGACUCUAGAACUCAUACAGGGACAGUGGGCAGAGGCUCUGGAGAGCGACUUCCUCUUCCCCUCCCCUACACCAAAGUUCUCCAGAACAAUCUGGUGCCCAGAUCAGAAAAAUAGAAAAAAAAAUCUGCCAUAAUCACGCAAGGGGUCUGAGAGCCAAGGAAGGAAUUAAUAGAAAAUUGGGAAAGAGCCAAGAGAAAUUCAGCCAGUUGGAAAGAGGGUGGCAAAGUGUUUGAGCCUGGAAGUGUGAUCAGUCCUGAGAGGACAAUCAAUCUUUUCCUGGGUUUAACAGAGACUGGAGAGAUACGAGAACAAGUCACCUGGACCGCCGUCAUUAUCAGUUUCCAGGGACACAGAAGGAGCUCAGAUUCCCAGGUUGGAAGAGCAACCCAAGCAAACCCAAGCAAAGACUGGGCCAGGAUGAAAAGUGGGAUGGGAUUUUUCAUAUGAACAAAGGGUAACAGAAGGCAGGAUUGGAUGGAAGCAUGAGCUCCAGCCAAAUGGAAAUGGUGUCUUGUGUCCGCUCCAGACACACAUGUACCAUGACAUAGCCCAGGUGCCCCAAAGACCUUGAGCACCUGAGGAAAGAAGGAUGAGCUGAUGAUGAUAAACCCAAGACAAAGAGCAAUGAACUGGAACAUGGUGGAGUGGAUGCUCCUUGAGGGCAGAGGCUGUUUCCUUCUUGUCUGUUUCCCCAGCACCUAGCAUAGUGCUUGGCACAUAGCAGGCACUUAAUAAAAUUUUGUUCAACUGGAUUGACUGAGGCAGUGUGGUCCAGGGGACAGAGCAGCGGAUGUAGCACCAGAAGUCCUAGGCUCCAGGGAUCCCAGCUCCGACACUUCCUGGCUAUGCGGCUAUGGGUUGUCAGAGUGUGGGAGAGUCACCUGCAGAGGUCAGCCUUGAAGAGUGUGCCCACCAGCGGCCAACCGGCUCCCCAGAGAUGGCCUGGAAUUGCUCUUGGGAGAUCCAUGCCCAGAACAGGAAUAAGGUGUGCCCUGGGGCCAGUGAAGCCCCAGAACUCUACAGUCGAGGCUUCUUGACAAUGCAGCAGAUCGAGCCCUACCCGCCGCCAGUCAUCAUGAGCUACAUUUUUCUGCUCAUCUGCCUGUGUGGGCUGGUGGGGAACGGGGUGGUCCUCUGGUUUUUCGGCUUCUCCAUUAAGAGGAACCCCUUCUCCAUUUACUUCCUCCACCUGGCCGUGGCUGACAUCGGCUACCUCUUCUGCAAGGCGGUGCUCUCCGUGAUGCAGGCAGGGGCCUUUCCCGGCGCCUUUCCCACCUACAUCCGCUUCGUGUCGAGGAUCCUGAGCCUGGCCGCCUUCCUCACCAGCGUCAGCCUUCUGCCGGCUGUGAGCACCGAGCGCUGUCUCUCUGUCCUCUUCCCCACCUGGUACUGCUACCGGCGGCCCAAGCGCAUGUCUGCCCUGGUGAGCGCCCUGCUCUGGGCUCUGGCCUUCCUGAUCACCACCAUCCACACCUACUUCUGCGUGUACAUCGCCCCCGGGCCCUCGUGGGGAGGCUGCACCCACAUGGACAUCUUCCUGGGCAUUCUACUCUUCCUCAUCCUUGCCCCCCUCAUGGUCCUGGCCUGUCUGGUCCUCCUGGUGAAGGUGGAGUGCAGGGCCAGCCGCCGCCACCAGUCGUCCAAACUCAACAACGUCAUCCUGGCCAUGGUUUCCGUCUUCCUCGUCUCUUCCAUCUACUUAGGCAUCGACUGGUUCCUCUUUUGGGUCUUCGAGAUCCCGGCACCCUUCCCUGAGUACGUCACCGACGCAUUCAUCUGCGUGAACAGCAGCGCCAAGCCUGUCGUCUACUUCCUGGUGGGGAGGGACAAGAAGCAGAGAUUCUGGGAACCCCUCCGUGUGGUUUUCCAGAGGGCCCUCCGAGACGGAGCCGAGCUGAAGGAGAGCGGGGACACGCCUAACACGGUCGCCAUGGAGAUGCAGCCGGCCGUGGCCACUUCCUGAGAAGUCGGGGCAGCCCCCAGGCAGGAGAGCCGUUCCUGGGCCUGGUGCGUGCCGCUCCGCACCCCCAACACCACUGUCACACUGUGUUUGCACCCAUCCUCUCCUCCCUGUGGUUGGGAAUUCCCCUCUGGCUAGAGGCUCUGGGAUCUGCAUUCAUUCAUUCAUUCGUUCGUUCGUUCAUUCUAGGAACAUGCAUGCAGCACCUAUGCAUACCAGGCACUGUGCUCCAAGCUGGGGGUACAAAGACAAAACCAGCACAGUCCCUGCCUUCAGGGAGCUUACACUCCACUGUUACAGGGACUAACCACAGGCAGCUCUCCAGAACACCCAUGAGGCAUCGUGGGUCUUCUUGUCUCAUCCGGCUGGUGUCUGGCUCCUCAGAGGACGGGUUCAAGCUAUCCUCAGGUCUCACAUAAGCUCUCCCCUCCUUCCAAGCGGAGCCCAGCCCUGGACAGCAUUGUGAAGUGGAGGCUGUGUCUUCAGGCGGCCCUCAGCCCCAGCUUCCCCAAGCGUGGCACUGCCUCCCUUCGCCCUUCCCGGCUCUCAUUCCCAGAACCCCACUGGCCUGGCUUUGGUCCUUCCCUCCUGGUCCUUCCCUGCCACAGUCCCCUUAGAGAAGCAGCCUAAAAUGACGGCGAGGCUCAUCUGAUCUCAUUCGCCCCAUGCCCUUUGGGAGAAAGCAGCAGGCAAAAUGCGUUUUAACCUGAGUCUUCUGGAGGUGGUAGCCCCGCCUUUCUGGUCUAGCCACUUGGUACCUGGAACAGUGGGAAUGUCCAAAAAUGCUUGGCAGAUGGGGAUGAAAAACCUAUCCUUCAGUCACACUGUCCUCUGCUGUGUCCAGCAAGACUCAACUACAACUUCUGACCAGCCUGAGCCUAGAAGCUGGAGCAGUAAACUGUCAUCGAUUUAGGGAUGAAGGGUGCAAAUAGAGAACCAGCUAAUAGCUCAAUGGGCUGCUCUUCCCAAGUCCCUCCUACGUCCAUUUGUGUUUUAAAAGGGCGAAUCCCAGAGCUGACUGCGCCUUAACCCAAAGAAGGGAUUUUUCUUGAAAGGACAUUACUGGAGAAGAGAGGAUUCUGGGUGAGGGGGCCUUUCAGCCUCCGUCAUAUCACCCCCAGGAGCUCUCCCACUGAGGAUCAUGGGAGAUCAAGGGCGUAAGGGACCUUAUGGGUCACUGAAUCCAACCUCCAAGGGCCUGCCACCAAGGGAGGCCUCCAUGAACCACCUCCACCUGCUCCGGGAAACUGCCAACAGGCGUAACUAGACGUUGGUCUAGACCUGUCCCAUUAGCCAGCCAGGCCAGGACUCCCUAGCCUUAGGCAGGGCUGGGGACACAUCACCCCGCUUUCUCCUCUUCCCAACAGGCCAAGCCAGCCUUUCCAUUUCUGCCCACUAGAGUCACGAUCGGCUCACAGCCGAAAGGCUGUUUCUGAAUGUUUCCAAGGAAGCUCUAUCGUAGGCAGCCCUUUCUCCUGGAGGCCAGAUUCCAGCUCUCUGUGGUCAAAAAAGGCAAGUCUAGGAGUUCUCAACUCUUCCCAAUGUCCACUUGUUUGUUUGUUUUUUACAGUUUUAUUGAUUUUUUACAAUCUUGUCAAUUCCAAAAAAUGACCUAUCUGUCCCACAUUCUUUUUUGUAAUAAAGUAUAGUUAAGCUGAACAAACCAA